CUUCACCACUCCUUAGUCUGUGAAAGUUCACUCCUCAACGUCUCUCUGCACAAUACAAGGGCUUUAAUAGCUCCUCUCUUCUGCCCUCCAACGUGUUUAAGCUCCUGAAACGUGAAUCAAAAUGGCAAUGGUUCUCGCUUACUGGGAUAUCCGUGGGCUUGCCCAGCCCAUUCGCCUACUUCUGGAGUACACCGGCACCAAGUAUGAGGACAAGUUUUACGUCUGUGGUGAAGCCCCAAACUAUGACAAAAGCUGCUGGUUUGGUGAAAAGGAAAAACUUGGAAUUGACUUCCCCAACCUUCCCUACCUGGUAGAUGGAGGCCGGAAGAUAACGCAGAGCAACGCCAUUAUGAGAUACAUCGCUCGUAAGCACAAUCUGUGUGGAGAGACGGAGGAUGAAAAGGUCAGAGUGGAUGUGCUGGAAAGCCAGGCCAUGGACUUUAGAAACGGCUUUGUGAUUAUGUGCUACACUGACUUUGACAACAAAAAGCCAGAGUACCUGAAGUCGCUGCCAGGUACACUGAAGAAGUUCUCUGACUUUCUAGGAGACAGGAAGUGGUUUGCUGGUGAUAAGAUCACCUUUGUGGACUUCAUCAUGUAUGAGCUGCUGGAUCAACACAGGAUGUUUCAUCCUUCAUGCUUGGAUGGCUUCAAGAACCUUAAAGAUCUUAUGGAUCGUUUUGAGGCUCUGGAGAAAAUUGCUGCUUACAUGAAGUCCAACAGAUUCAUCAAGACUCCUGUCAACAACAAGAUGGCCAAAUGGGGAAACAAGAAGGAGUGAGGACGAAACGCACACUUAGAAAUGCAAAGUACUUUCAAUUAGUACAACUAAUUGGCGAAAUGUUAAAUCCUUUUUUGCAGUUCAUGAAGGGUGUAUGUCAGAAAUAUCAGAGUCCAAAGUUAGUUUAUUAAUAGUGUCAUUGGAAAAAAAUCCCUUUAUGCAGCUGUGUAUGAAGAU